UGGGGGCGGGCGAAGGGUGGGGACAGUAAGGGGGAGGGCGACCGCGGGGAGCCGCUGGUUGGUUUCUAGGGGGAAAGCGCGCGAGGGAGGCGGGAGACUGAAGAGUCGCGCGCCUCCGGGGUCCCAGCGCGGAACCGCAGCCCAUUGUGCGUCCCGCACCGCGCGUUCUGCCGCAGAGGAGCCCCGGCCGGGAAGUGUGGACCAGACUCUCCCCAAGGCCCGGCCGCGUCCACCGCUCUAGUCCAGCCGAGCCCGAGAGUCUCGGACCAAUCCCCGGUGAUUAUGCAAGACAGCCGACCAAUCAGCUCCACCAGCUCAUGAAUAUUUAUGACCUUGGCUGAGUCAAAGCUUUGAACCGAGUUUGGGGAGCUCGGCAGCAUCAUGCUUAGACUUUUCAAAGAGACAAACUCCAUUUUCUUAUGAAUGGAAAGUGAAAACCCCUGUUCCUCUUAAAUUGGGUUCCUUCCUGUCCUGAGAAACAUAGAGACCCCCAAAAGGGAAGCAGAGGAGAGAAAGACCCACACCCAGACCCCGCGAGAAGAGAUGACCAUGACCACCAUGCCAGAAAGUCUCAACAGCCCCGUGUCGGGCAAGGCGGUGUUUAUGGAGUUUGGGCCGCCCAACCAGCAAAUGUCUCCUUCUCCCAUGUCACACGGGCACUACUCCAUGCACUGUUUACACUCGGCGGGCCAUUCGCAGCCCGACGGUGCCUACAGCUCGGCCUCAUCCUUCUCCCGACCGCUGGGCUACCCCUACGUCAACUCGGUCAGCAGCCACGCGUCCAGCCCCUACAUCAGUUCGGUGCAGUCCUACCCCGGCAGCGCCAGCCUCGCGCAGAGCCGCCUGGAGGACCCAGGGGCGGACUCUGAGAAGAGCACGGUGGUGGAAGGCGGCGAAGUGCGCUUUAAUGGCAAGGGGAAAAAGAUCCGUAAACCCAGGACAAUUUAUUCCAGUUUACAGUUGCAGGCUUUGAACAGGAGGUUUCAGCAAACCCAGUACCUAGCUCUGCCUGAGAGGGCGGAGCUCGCAGCCUCCUUGGGACUCACACAGACUCAGGUCAAAAUUUGGUUCCAGAACAAACGCUCCAAGUUCAAGAAACUGAUGAAGCAAGGCGGGGCAGCUCUGGAGGGUAGCGCACUGGCCAACGGCCGAGCCCUGUCUGCCGGCUCCCCACCGGUCCCUCCAGGCUGGAACCCGAACUCCUCAUCUGGGAAGAGCUCAGGCAGCAGCGCAGGCUCGUACAUCCCCAGCUACACAUCCUGGUAUCCUUCAGCGCACCAAGAAGCUAUGCAGCAGCCCCAGCUCAUGUGAGGUUGUCAGUUCGCACCCACCCGCCUCUUUCCCAAUCUCCCUUAGCCCGGCCCCUCCCGCCUCCAGGUCCGUUCACCCCGUCCGUGUGCCCUGGGCUAGGAGAUGAAGGGCCCAGAGGUCUAGAGGAACAGUGAAGGCAGGAGGCUCACUGCCUCCUUGGAGCCCCUCGAGGUCUGGCCCAGCGACUUUCCAGCGCUCACGCUCUCGGCCUGAACCAAGCCUGGGACACUCGGUGACAGCAAAGUGGCCUCAAAACGCAGGCACAGCCAUCCGAGACAGCCAGAGCAGCAAGACAAACCUGCUGGACCAGACCCGACCCUCACCUUUGUGGGACUAUCAGGAAAAACAAAACAACAAUGUAGAGAAAACAAAAGCUCUUUUCCGUUCUGUCCGUCUCUUGUCUCCUUUUGCUCUGUCUGUGCACCGAGUCAAGGUCCUCGUGUGUCAGCUGUCCUCAUUCUGCGGCCUCUGCAAAAAGUCCCCAGGUCUGAGCCACACACGGUCAGCCGGCAGCCCAUUUCCGAAACCUGGGACACCUCUUCCUUUCUGGCCUUGUGGGUCCUGCUUGCCAUCUGUGUAGCUUGUUUGGGAAAUGGGGGGAAAUUAGAGGGAGGGGUUUAAUUUAUUGAAAAAUGGACUUCGUCUGAGGCUGAGUGUUGGCCAUUUCCGGGGCACCAAGUGGGCAUUGUCCAAACAUACUGUUUACUUUAAACACACCAGAAAAUAGAACACUGAGGGGCAGUGAUUUUUAAUUUAUACAGGAACUUUUGUACUUUGCUGGAAUCAAGUGGUAGGAGCAGAAUGAUUUGCAUUUUUACAUGUCCCAAAUUAUUAAAAAAUAAUAAAUAACAAAAGGAAGAAUGAGGUAUCAAAAGAAAGAUAAGUGAAGCCAAUACGAUUUUGUCAGGAAUGCUUGGACAAGGACGACACCCCGGCGAAGAAGGAAAGAAGUUUUAAUUUGGGUAGCAAGAGAGGGGACUGGUGGGCAGCAGAAAGAAAAUAACAAGUCCUGUGAAAGCGCCUAAUUUCAGGUUGCUUUAAAGUAAGACAAAAGCAGCUUUAGAACAAUCCCCAGUGGCUCUACCACAGAAUGCUAAUCACCACCCUGAACGCACAGUCUGGUGCAGGAUCUAAUCGCUGUACAUAUUAUUAUUGUUAUUAUUAUUAAUAAUUAUUAUUGUUGUUCUGUAAACAUGUUGCACAAGCUUAGCUUCUUUCCGUUCUGUUGUGUGUGGCUGUAAACCUGAUGCUUUGUGAAAUGAGAAUCUUGACAUUUUACUUGUGAAAUUUGGAAAGUGUGACCAAUUGAAAUCAACGUGUUUUGUGUUCUCUAUGUCAAAGUUUAGUUUUAUAUUGAGAAUGUUAACUUAUUGCUUUGUAUCUUCGGGGGAAAAACUUUGUAAAUAAGUUAUAAAGUUUCUUUGAGACAGUAAAAUUAUGGUUUCAAGAAAGA